AUGCCGUUUAUCAGCCUACCAGAAGAUAUUCUGCUGCUUUUUAUCAAAUGCCUUGAGCGGGAUACGCAGACUUUGGCCCCUCUUGCUACCUGCUGCAAGAAACUGAAUCGUAUUACAACGCCCAUACUCUAUGCACAUGUUACGCUGGGAUUGGAUAAAGGAGAUGAAUCGCGCAAGGUACGACGAUUCAUCAAGUCCGUGUUCACGAACCCUUUCCUGGCCCAAUGCGUGCGAUCACUCGAGCUCAAUGCGCUCUACUGGAUCUCGCAUUACCUCCAAUCUCUUCAUCGCAAAGAGUUAUUGCGAGCCCUGGGAAACAGCAUAGCCUACCGCCCUGAUAAACUUGACAUCAUGAAGCUCAUCACCGUUGUUCAACGAUUGCCACUUCCAGAGGAUCACAAGCUCCGUUGGUGUAUAGAGCUGCAGGAGCUAACUCCUAGCUUGGAUUCUUUAAUUGCUAUUCUUUUUGUUUUUCUGCCUUCUAUUCAACGCCUGGAGUCCAACUGGUCAUCAGAUGCAGUAUUUAUCUCGCACAUAUUGCCUACAACUAAUAAAAAGGUAGUAGAUUCGUCGCCCUCGCCCCAUGUCCUUGCAAACUUGAGCCAUCUGAAGGUCAAUUCUGAAUGCCCCUGUGGCAAUUUCGCUGAAAUUAUUCCCUUCUUUCAGAUGCCUUCGCUGAGCCAUUUUUUUGGCAGCAAUUGGGGCCCAAUCAGAAGGGAUGGCUGGGAUGAUGGAGUUGAGGAUGAGGCUGAUCCUCAGGGUUAUGAGGGCGACGGGAUGGUGCUGUCACCGAUCAUUCAUCUCGAGCUUCGCCACUGCAGUGUUGAUUUGUUCAGUCUGCAAACAAUCUUGCGCCAAUGCCGGUCGGUAAAAACAUUCAUCUUCCAUCGCGACUGGGAUCCCCGAAUCCACAUCAAAUUCUCGGCAUUGUCCAUUGCCAAGGCACUUCUUCCGCUUUGGAACAAGUUGGAAAAUAUUCGCCUGUCCUUUGAGCCUGGUAUCUACAUCCACGAUGAAGCAGAAAUCAGUCCGCUAGAUUUCUCACAUUUCUCGGUACUAACAAAGCUUUAUGUUUCUGCGGGUUACAUUAUACAUGAUCCACAGGACUUUGAUCCCCAUGAAUUCUCAAAAGCUUCUGACCCAGGAUCUGAUGAUGACAGUCUUAAUUUUCCACUUCAUACACGGCUUCCGCGGUCGCUAGAAGUGCUACGCAUCAUGGGAUUUAGUACCCCAGAACAGGCGCAGUUUCUGAUUGACGAUUGCUGCCGGUUACUCCAGCAUCAUCAUCAGUUCCCACGACUAAGCGAGCUAUGCAUCGAAGCGAGGUUCUACGACACCAAUUCCAGAUUCGACACUUCGGCUUUACAGAACGAGGCGCAGCGUGCGGGUGUCCUAUUGCGUCGGCUCGACAACACCGAAUUUCACCUAAAUGACAAACAGUAUAUUCACACGCCUUCAGGAUUUGACUGGGGGAUGGACGGUGAAUUUGAGUGGGGUAUCAAAUUAUACGACUACGAAGUUGUGGAGCUAGCAGAAGAAGAAAUUGUGACGGUAGACUGA